GAUUUAUAAGCAUUUCAUGCCCUUACAAUAUAUUUCCUUCAUCUCUGAAAGCCCUAGAUUGGCAGCCGCGGAUAGACUCACAACUUUGUUGUUUCAGCUGCAGCUGUUGGAGAUUUUGCUACAAUGUCUGUGGGAGAGCAAGCUUGCAGUCUUGCUUUAUUGAUCCUCCACGACGAGGGAAUUCCCGUCACUGCGGAGAAGAUUUCUACCAUUGUGAAAUCCUCGAAUGUGUCGGUCGAAUCUUACUGGCCAAGUUUAUUUGCUAAGCUUGCGGAGAAGAGAAAUAUUGAAGAUCUCAUCAUGAAUGCUGGUUCUGGUGGAGGUGGCGCCCCGGUUGCUGUUUCUGCCCAGGCCGGAGGUGGUGGCGCUGCUGCUGCUUCUGCUGCUCCUGCUGCAGAGGAAAAGAAGGAAGAACCAAAGGAAGAGAGUGACGAGGACAUGGGAUUCAGCUUGUUCGAUUAGGAGCUCCUUUAAGUAUGAUAUAGUCUUUUGCAAAAUUAGGGUCUCUCCCAGGGUAGAUAUUUUGUUUAACUUGUUGGCUCUAUUGUGGGAAUUUUGAUUGCUGUUAGUGUAUGUUAACAAGCCCAAAACUCCGCAAUCCGAUUUGCAAAAUUUUGCGUUGGGAUUGUUCUGAUUAUGAGUGGUUUAUAAAUUGAAAAUUCGAAUUUGGUAUCUAAGGAAAUUAUUGAAAUUGAUUAAGAUGUUGGAAAGUCCUCCCAAGGCAUUUGAUGAAAUCCCUUAUAUUGA